AUUUUCGUAUAAAUAUGUGUAAUGUUGAAAAGCUAAGAAAACAAAUCCGCCGAAUCAUAUCAUACGUAUGUAGCUAGCAUUAUUUAUACUAGUUUAUUUUGACUACUAAUUUGAUUUGUUAUUCCAUAAUAUAAUGAUGUUGUAUUUCGGCAAAGAUAAAUAAAUAAAUAAUUGUAACUCUAAAGCAAAAUAAUAAAAUUAAGUUUUUGGCGCUUUAAAAAUGAUGUCUACACAACAUAGCACUGAGUACACCGACAAUACAACCAGAAAGAAAUGGCAGCGUUGGUGCCGCCUCUGCGCUAAAUGUGAUGGUCAAUAUUUUGAUAUAUUCGUAAAGGAAUCGCAAACGCGAUAUUCGCAGCAACAGCUUGUCUCAACCAUAAAUAAAUGCUUUCAAAUACAAAUACAACCAUGCGAUGGGCUUCCAGUGUUAUUAUGUGCAGAAUGUUAUACAUUCAUUAAUUACAUGAGAAGUUAUACGGAGCAUGUUAUAAAGGUGCAAGCAAUGUACCAAGAUUUGUUACACUCAACUUACUCACCCGAAACUGAUGUAAAAGCAAUUUAUGAGAAAUAUGGCAUACUCAAAUUCGAACCUUACGUGCAACAGCAUUUGCCUGAAACAGUACGUACUACAACACCCACUGCCAUCGAACAAAUAUUUGUAAAGGACGAUCCAGUGUUAACUAUUAAAGCUGAAGACAUGGAAGAGUGGCAGACGACAGUACGAAAUCUAGAAACUGAAAUUAAAAUAGAAUUUCCAGAGCCCUUCGCAAAUAAUACUACAAGAAGUAUGCAAGAGCUGAGUGAAGAUAGUGAGGAAGAUACGGAUCUCCUUAAUCUGCUAAAGGAGUUUGAUCUGGAAACACUUUUUCUUUGCCUAAAAAAUGCUGGAAUAACUUUUCGAAGCUUAAAAUAUUUGUCGAAAGAAGACAUUGCGGAAGCAGUAAAAAAUAUUGGUCUUCGAGCAGAGUUUAGAGAAAAGUUAUUUUUCUGGCGCAAGUCAAAGUUUGGAAUAGAAGACGAAACGUUGAGCCAGACUUCAAAAGUUGUUGGUUGGCUAGAAAAAACCCGUCAGAAAGAUUCACCUUGUUCUUCAAAUAAUUCAAUAAGAAACGCAUUUGGAUCACAGCUUCUUUCAACAUUUUUAAACGAUAACUCAGCCGGAAAACAACUUAUUCAAUAUUAUGAGGAAUGGGCAUGUUUUACGAAUAAGCAACGCGAUGCCCUCAUUAAAAUAAUUUUAGAAGAUGUCAUGUUAACAAAGACAAAGCUUAGACCAGAACACUUUGCUAGUAUUGUGGAAGAAAUAAUUGGUUUAUUUCCCAAUGAAAAAGAGUGCCAGAAUUAUUACUACAUUCCUCGUCAAAGAAAAAAUAAACCCAUCAGGCAAGCUCUAUUCCAAAUAUUUUAAUUUAAAGACAAAGAUUAGAAAGAGUACGUGAUCCAUUAGUAGACGAAAAUGUUGAAGUUGACGAAACGCUGUCGUUAUGUUUAAAAACUUCGCUUCAAAAAGAUUUCAAUAACUGGGAUGAGGUUAUUGACAAAUGGCAAUAAACAUUUACAUUUCGGAAAAAGGAUUUGGCAAAGCUUUCGAAUUCUGAUUUUUUGCAAGAGUGGCUAAUUUUAAAAGACUCCAGAGCACCAUUUCUGAUUAAUCUAGAUUUCAAUUUGAUUUAUCCAGCAAAAGAUCUUUUAAAAACAAAGUGGGAUAAUUUUAAAACCAAGAUUGUGAACUACUACUAUGCCAACAUACGGAAUCAGCAAUCAAUAGAUCUUUUGAACCAAGCAAAAACGACGAAAAAAAUUGAUUUUCAAGACUACAUUUUUACAAUUCUUCUCAAUUCAGUUCUGCUGCCUUCAGCAAGAUUUAGUGUAGAUGGAAAUAAAAAAAGAAAGCCACCAUUAAAGAUGCUAAUGGAAGCUUCGUAUUGCACUAAACAACAAUUAGCGAUUACUCAAUACGAAUAAAAGAAAUUAUCGGUAAAUAUUUUUAUAAUCAAUUGACUGUACAGCCAUUUAUAAUUGUGGUAGGAGACUCUGAGGACGAUCUGAAAACCUGUUACAUUUACUUUGACAAAACUUUGUACAAACUAAAUUCUUUUAUUGAAAGUUUGGAUAUAUGCUUUAAAAUCUUUCACGUGUUUAAUCUUAAAUAUCCUAAGAUCUGCGAAAUGCCAUGGAUAUUUAUCCAAAAGUAUUUUUAUGAAUUAUAUUCAAAAUUUGAUUUAAAAAGUAAAAAUCUUACUUCAUUGUUAACACAUAUGAAUGAAAAAAAUUAAAUUUUGUAAAUUUUUCGAUUGUAAUAAUGUAUAAAUGUUUCAGAUGUUUUCAGUUAUUUAAAAGUGUUGAUGUGCUAAUAAUGCUAAUUUUAUGCUUUACAAAUUUUCUUUCACUCAUGAUAGGAGAUUUAAUUUCACCAGACGUGAAGCAUUGGAAACUGUUGGUGUUGCUAAUAGAAAUAGUAGAUUUAUUAUUUGAUUCUAGUUUUUCUAAUUUCGAUCUAGAUAAGUUAAAAAAUUUAAUUAAAGCACAUCAUCAA